AUGUCUGCCGGGAUUAACGUUCCCGAGGAGCAGCCUUUGCUGUCUAGCUCUAAGCCGCCAAGUUAUCACGAUAAUGAUAAUCCCCAAGAAAGUUUAAGUGGCCCUCAGGAUGAAGAGGCCCUCGUCUUGAUAGACGAGGCCGAUGACUCCCCGAAAGAGCCGUGGACCAGAAGGCAAAUAAUCUUCUACAGCGGUCUGACACUGCUUGGAUUGUUUAUAUUGGGCGUCUUCGUCAAAGGCUUCAUUGAUGCUGAUGAUGUUAACUUUGACCUUGGGAAAGCGUUCAAGAGUGCACUAGGAGGAGGGUUAAGUGGUGCUGCAGCUAUGCCUCUGCGUACGAUCAUGAAUUACCAAUACCGAUACGGUGCAACAACGACGCAGGCUACCAAGAUCUUAUACGCUGAUGGCGGAUGGACGCGAUAUUACCAAGGCCUCACCGCAGCCCUGGUUCAAGGGCCAGUAUCUCGCUUUGGUGACACCGCUGCUAAUGCAGGCAUUCUUGCCCUCCUGCAAAGCAAUUCAUACAUGAAGACCUUGCCCACGCCUAUAAAGACAGUGUUCGCGAGUGUUGCUGCGGCUUGUUUCCGGAUGACGUUGACCCCUGUUGACACGAUUAAGACGACCAUGCAGACGCAGGGUAAAGAAGGCAUCGCAUUACUGAGAGCUAGGGUCAAGAAGUAUGGCGUUGGCAGCUUGUGGUAUGGCGCUCUCGCAACCGCCGCUGCCACAUUCGUCGGUCACUACCCAUGGUUCGGGACGUACAACUAUCUCAACGAGGUCCUCCCACUUCCAGUGACUCUACCGCAGAAACUCCUUCGCUCCGCCGUAAUUGGCUUUGCAGCAUCCAUCGCCUCUGACACCAUCUCCAACUCCCUUCGCGUGCUGAAGACCUACCGACAAGUCAAUGCUACCCGAAUUGGAUAUACCGAUGCUGCCCGCGCCGUUAUCGCAGCAGAUGGCGUCAAGGGCUUGUUCGGGCGGGGACUCAAAACCCGUAUCGUGGCGAACGGCCUCCAGGGAAUCAUGUUUUCAGUGCUGUGGAAGUUAUUUUUGGAUAUGUGGAAUGAGAAGACGAAUUAG